AUGUCUCUUCCAGUACUUGAUUUACUUAAUAUUUCUGAAAAUUUAGAAGGAUGGGGUCCUAGUUUUGAACAAAAACACGAUCCAAUGGAACAAUUUAAGGAUCUUCCUUUCCAAAGUUUUAAUCGUUGUGAAAAAAUUGGUCGUAUUAGUGAUUGGAUUGGAGUUGAAAAAUUCUUUCAAAGAAAUCGUGCUUAUGGUAAUAAAGAUAAUACUGCAUCUCAAUUUGACUAUGUUCAUGAUGCUGAUGAAAACUUCCAACUCGUUGAUAGUUCAAAACCACAGAAACCUCUUCAACAACGUUAUCGUAAUCGUAAUACUAUUCAAUUUAAAAAACUUAUGUCUAAAGAUAUUGAUGAAAAACAAAAUCCACAGACUAGUGGAAAACAUAAGAAGAGUGUUGUUAAAGAGCAUAUGAAACAAUUUAAAAUUUGGCAAAAACGUGGAGGUAAUACACGUAGUAAUAAUACUCGUCCUCAAAAUAGGAAAUUUGGUGAACGUGGAAUUCAAAAAGUCAGACAACCUUCUGUUCAAAUUCAAGCAGACUGGAAACAUAUUAUUGAUAUUGACUUCCCUACACUUCUAAGAAAAAAAUCUUCUUAUUCAUUGUAUGGAAAUGGAGAAGACAUCAAAGGCCAUAGUUAUGGAACACUUUAUUAUUAUGAUAAAAAUUUUGACAGACUUACUCCUAAAAAUUCUGUUGAACUUAAAAGAAAUUGUGGUACAUUUAUUAGUGUUCCUACAAUUGAUGAUUAUGUUAUUGAACAGUUAACUGCAGGAAAAUAUGGAAAUAUUUUUGGAACAGACAUUAUUUUGGCCACUUUGAUGAGUUCAACAAGAAGUGUAUAUUCAUGGGAUAUUAUUGUUCAUAAACUUGGAAAUGUUGUUAUUUUUGAUAAACGUGCUAAAAUUGAUUCUUUGGUUAAUCCAGUAGACCAAUAUACAGUUAAUGAAACUCAUCCUGAUCCACCUGUAUUUGAAGGAAUUGGUGAAAACACCGCUAGUGAAUUGGCAGCUGAAGCACUUCUAGUUAAUCAAAACUUUAAACGUCAAGUUUUAAAGAAGACUUCAGAAACUUAUAAAUUUGAACACGAAGAAAUUCCAAUUGAUGAUGAUUAUGAUUCUAGUGCAUUUGACUGUGCAUUUAAAUAUAGAAAAUGGUCAUUGGGAACUUCAAAACAAGGAAUACCACUAACAUUAGUUUGUAGAACAGAGGUUAAUGGUGUAUCAACAGGACCAUCCGGUGAGGUACAAUUACUUACUAUUAAAGCUUUUAAUGAAUGGGAUUCAACUGUUCGUGGUCAUUUGGAUUGGCGUAAAUCAUUAGAAAGUCAAAGAGGUUGUGUUUUGGCUACAGAAAUGAGAAAUAAUUCUUGUAAACUUGCUAAAUGGACUUUACAAGCAAUUCUUGCAGGAACAGAUAAUCUCAAAAUUGGUUAUGUCAGUCGUAGUUCUCCAAAAAAUAACACUAGCCAUUGUAUUUUGGGUGUACAAAAUUUCCGCCCUAUUGAAUUAGCUCAAAAUAUUUCAUUAGAUUUAGAUAAUUGUUGGGGUAUUCUUAAAAGUAUAAUUGAAUUGACUUUAGAUCAACCUGAUGGAAAAUAUCUUUUGAUGAAAGAUCCUGUUGCUUCAACAUUAAAAUUCUACUCACUUCCAAAGGGAACAUUUGAAACAUCAGAAGAUGAGACCUCUGAAGAAGAAGAUUGA